AUGCGACCAAGGAAGUACAACUACUUUAACUUGUUUUCCGAACACAUGUCCGGUCUAGCUUUCUUCUCAACUGCGAAUGUCCCAAUCUUAUGGGGAAUUCUGUGUAGUGGACAUGUUGUGAUAGCUUUAAAUCGUUUCACAGUAUUCCGAGUGCCCCAGCAACAGAAUAAGAACUGGAAAGGUUCCACUGCAGUAAUGAGCGUAAUCGCACUUUGGCUUUUGUCUAUAGUGACUACUAUCCCAGCAAUCAUAUUUUAUCGCAAUCCACCAUAUUUUUAUAUUACGAAUAAAGGAUAUUUACAACUAGCUGGAGAAAUCAAAAACGAGUAUAUCUUUUACCACGGUGUUGCAAUUAGCAUAAUUGCUGUUACUGUAUGUUCAGCCUGCUACGGAUUAUCUUACAAAAAAGCAAAAAAUUUUGGAAACUACACGUUAAUACCGGCACGAGAUGGCAUCAGAGAUUUUUGGAGAUUUGCAGACGACGCCUCCGUUGACUAA